GACAGUUGCUAACCUCCCUCUGCCUCCAUUUUCUCAUAGUUAAGAUGGGGAUGAUAACAUCAUUCAAGAGUUGUGGUGGCAAAUCAGCCAAUCCAGGCUCCUGGUAGACCCCCAACAGCACCUCAGAACAUUGCGGAGCUUGCUGCGCUCUACGCCAGGACCGCGAUGCCAGGGGCCUUCCUCUCCUGAACACGACUUCAGCCCAGCAGUCGGGGCUCACCUCCAGCAGCCCUCCGGGAGAGGGUUAAUCUAUAAGAUUAACUUAAUUAUAUGAUUAAGAUUAUAAUCAUAUAAUCUUUUAAGAUUAUAUGAGAUAGCAUGGAAAUCGCCUACCUAAGAGCAUCAGUUCCACCUCCCCGUCCACCCUGUCCAUGCCCUCAAUGAUUUCUCUUUCUUUUUUUUUCUCUUUUCUCUUUCAAGCACACUGGCCUUAUCGCUUACUUGCUUUACCAUAAACUCUUCUCUUUACAGAUGUCUGUUCUCACUCCCCAGCUGACCUAAAGCGAAUGACGUGGGAACAGAGUCCACGUCUCCUUGCUGGGCAUUGCCUGUAAUGCUCUGCACAGAAACGCCGCGGUUCGUCCACCCGUGGCGCCGUGGACAGCCCGGAGGGGGAGGCGCGGGAAAGGAGAGGACCCGCUCUCGGGGCUUGGGCAGCGCGGGUAGAAGAAAGAGAGCACGUGGGAACGAGGCUGCCUCACUCCUACGCUCCUGGCGGUCCUGGCACUACAGAAAUGGCUGUCCGGUCACAAUGGACAGGGCACUUGAAACGGUCUUUUGGGUUGAUGGGCGGUGGGGGACAGAACUAGGUCUGAAAAUUAGGAGGGAAGGGGAAAGGAAGAAAGCUCUUGGCUGAGCACGGGCCUCUGGGUUUUCUGUCCUGCCUUAUUCUAAAAAGCACCCUCAGUCUUCUCCUUAAUAGAGAAGUGAAAUCUUCUGCAUUUCCUGCUGCUGCCUCACGGAAGGUUUCACAUCUCCUUUGGCUGCCCGAGCAGAGACCAGACAGGGAACUCCGUGUGGCCUCGGCUGGCUGGCGAGCGCCACCCCCGGCCACCCCCGCGCGGGCACGGGACCUCACCGCCGGCGUUCCUGCGCCCGCCAGCGCGAGCCUUGUAGACGGGGACAGAGAUCCGGGCUCCCGUGAGGGUCUGGACAUCAUCUACCCAGGCUGGGGCUACAGGAGCAGGCGAGAACCCAGGGCCCCUGGAAGAAUUGGUCCAGGGGACUGAAUUCCUGGCGUGUCCCUAGAGCGGAGCAUGACCACACUCCUGCCAUUGCUGCUGGGCCUCAGCCUGGGCUCCACCGGAGCAGGUGGCUUUAUAGCCCAUGUGGAAAGCACCUGUCUGUUGAAUGAUGAUGGGACUCCAAAGGAUUUCACAUAUUGUGUCUCCUUCAACAAGGAUUUGCUGACGUGCUGGGAUCCAGAGGAGGCCAAAAUGGCCCCUUGUGAAUUUGGCGCACUGAAUGUUUUGGCCAAUUACCUCUCAGAAUACCUCAACCAACAGGAAUCCCUGCUCCAGCGCUUGUCUAAUGGGCUUCAGGACUGUGCCACACAUACCCAAUCUUUCUGGGGAUCACUGACCCACAGGACACGGCCACCAACUGUGCAAGUAGCCAAAACCACUCCUUUUAACACGAAGGAGCGUGUGAUGCUGGCCUGCUACGUGUGGGGCUUCUAUCCAGCUGAUGUGACCAUCUCGUGGAGGAAGAAUGGGCAGCCUGUCCCUUCUCACAGUAGUGCCCCUAAGAUGGCCCAGCCCAAUGGAGACUGGACAUAUCAGACCAUCUCCCAUUUAGCUACAACCCCCUCUUAUGGGGACACCUACACCUGUGUGGUGGAGCACAUUGGGGCUCCUGAGCCCGUCUCUGAGUACUGGACACAUGGGCUGUCCCCGAUGCAGAUAGUGAAGGUUUCUGUGUCUGCAGUGACUCUGGGCCUGGGCUUCAUCAUUUUCACUCUUGGUUUGCUCAGCUGGCGGAGAGCUGGCUCGUCUGGCUAUAUUUUCCUCCCUGGGGCCAGUUAUCCAGAAGGUCAACACGUCAAUUAGAGGCAGAGUCCUACACCUUCUACCCCAAGUGUGAAGAUUCAAACUCUUAGUGAUGCUGCUGUGUCCCCCCACCAUCCUCAGACCCUACAAAUUUUCUUGGAUCCUAUGGUUUCUCCAUUCAGAUCUUUGAACUUCCCAGCCGACCCCAUGUACACCUUAGCAAGUUGGGGGAACUCAUUCCUGGGAAUAUUCUGUAAUCAAGUUGUCAUCCAAGGCUAUAUUUCUGGGUCAAAUAUCAUCUGGGGAGGGAGGUUAAAGGCCUUUCUGGAGGCCACACUGUGCCACAGGGGCCAGUGAGUCGCUGGCGGUCAUCUCUGAGGAAUAAACUCUGGUUGAAAUAGUU